GCGACCAGAAAGAGGCCUUCCGGAGAGCUGGCUGCUUCAGCUGCAAGCCUGACAGACUUGGGAUGGCUCUGUACCUCCGGAGCUGGGUGCUGGGAGGAAAUCCAGGUUAAUGCACAAAAUAGUUGCCUAGUAGUAUUGUUACUAUUGCUGUAAAUGUGAAAUGUCGGAUAAUGAAAUGAUCUUUAAGUGAGGAGGAGGUGUAUUCUAAUAGUUCCUCCCUAUUUUUAUUUUAAAAUCCUACUUCCCUUUAACAGAAUACAUUUUAACACCUGUCUUUUCUAAGUGAAAGAAGUAUUCGUUCUCCUUGAAAUAUCAAUUUGUCACUUUCAUAUUAUCUUUUUUUACACAUUGUAUCCCUUUUCUUUCUGUAGUGAAGAUUUAUUCUCUUCAGACUCUGUCCCUGAUUUCAAACAUAUAUGAUAUGGGGUGAGUGGAGUGAUUGGGGGUAAGGGUUUAUGUGAAUUUAAGUGUGUUUGUUAGAUCGUGAAAAGAAUUAGGCCUUUUAUCUCCCUUUAUUACUUUUGUUUCUAUUUUUCAUGCCCCACUAAAGGUACAUUUCUAAUAUUCCUUCUAACAUAUCCUUUUUUCUCUGUUUUCUUAUCUACCUAUUUUUCUCCACAGAGCAUGUAAUAGAAGAUUGAAUUGAGUAUUGUACUCUCAGUUAAUGAACCAUUUUCUUGUCAUUGUUUUUGUUGAAUUGAAGUUUUCACUAACAAAUGAUAAAUUCUUCUCCAUUCAUUAUUGCCACAUUCUCAGUUUUUCUGUCACUUAAAGAUAAAUUGUACAUAUUUGCAUUUAAAACAUCUUCCCACAAAGGACAUGUUUUACAUUGUAUGACCAAUCACAAUAGAUAAUUUCAAUUGAAUUAGACAAAAAGAAAUGUGAAUUACCAUUUUGUAUUUCAUAGGAUGAAUCAACUCUGUUAUAGGUAUAAAAAUUUGUUAUAAAAUUAGGAUUUAUCAGUUUAUAUAUGAUGUCUAAAGAAAAGAGAUAAUAUCACCACCUUUUUUUAUUUGAAGAGAGGGCAUGUGUAUUACAUAGUUUCACUUAGAAGUCAGGACCGUUUCACUGCAAACUGAAAAACAAUGUGGAUGUUCAGAAAAUAGUAGUAUAAGGAGAGUUUUCAAAAAAGUAAAUGUGUGAUCUGCAAAAAAAAAAAAAAGCACAGCUUCCCAGAUGCUAGUUAAUGUUAUAAAUUCCUUCAACCCGUAGGAGGUGCCGUAGAAUCAAGGACAUGGCCAAUGUUACAAUGGAGAUGGAAUUCUUCCUCAUGGAAUUUGCCCACACCAAGGAGCUCCAGGUCCUUCACAUCCUUCUGUUUUUGCUAAUUUACUUGGUGACUGUAAUGGGGAAUCUUCUCAUUAUUGUCCUUGUCACCCUGGACCAGUAUCUUCACACUCCCAUGUACUUCUUCCUGAAGAACUUGUCCUUCUUUGAUCUCUGUCUCAUUUCCAUCAUAGUCCCCAAAUCCAUUCUCACCUCUCUUACUAAUAAGAACACCAUUUCUUUGCCAGGAUGUGUGUUACAGGUCUUUUUGGUGAUUCACUUUGCUGGCGCUGAGGUGUUCAUCCUCACAGCUAUGUCUUAUGACCGCUAUGUGGCCAUCUGUCACCCACUACACUAUGAGGCUGUCAUGGGCAGAGGAGUCUGCUUACGGAUGGCAGCUGCUUCCUGGUUCCUUGGAGGAUCCUUUGGAAGCUUAUAUUCAGCUGGCAUAUUCUCUUUAUCUUUCUGCGGCUCCAGAAACCUCCCUCAAUUUUUCUGUGACGUCCCCUCACUAUUAAAGAUGUCUUGCUCAAAGUCACACAUAACUAUUGAUGUUAGUGUGGCAAUUGGAAUAUUUUAUGGUUUCUUUUGUUUUGUUGCCAUUUUUUUCUCAUAUACCUGUAUUUUCAAUACAGUGCUAAGCAUCCCAUCCUUUCAAGGCCGAUCAAAAGCCUUCUCCACCUGCUUACCCCAUCUCACAGUCGUGACCACCUUUCUCCUGACGGGAGCCACUGCCUAUCUGAAGCCAGUGCCGCUGUCUCCCUCUCUGCUGGACUUGCUGCUCUCUGCUUUGUAUUCAGUUUUGCCUCCCACCCUGAACCCCAUCAUCUACAGCCUCAGGAACAAAGAAAUUAAGGCAGCUCUGAAAAAACUCCUGUGGAAACUUGGUGGCAAUAUGAAGUAG